AUGCAGCAAGAAAAUCUUCAAUUAAAGAGUAAUAUCUACGCGAACAAGGUCAAUAAUCCUACGUUUAUACCAAGCUCAGGACUCUUAGAGGAAAAUUCCAAGCUGGCAAUUAAAAUUUCCGACAAAGCUAUCAAAAAAUCGAAAGCGAAGAAAGAUGCUUCCGGUGUGCGACUAAACUAUAAGAUAGAAGCUAAGUAUGAAGAGGAAGAGCAGAGUCUAUCCCAGAAAAACAUCAAGAUAAAGCUUCCUAAUAUAUUCAGGGAUACCCCGGAAAGUGAUUAUUUCUUAAAGGAUAUGAUAUCGUCACAAGAAGCGAAUAGAUACGGCGAAGACUACUGUUCUACAUUCUACAAACGAAAUAUCCACGGAUACAUGUUCAUCAAGGAGCCUAGUAAUUCGCUUAAAGUGAACGCUUCAGGAGGUAAAUCCUCUGUUAGUUUAAAGAUUAGUUUACCUGCUGGGAACAAUAGACUAUUGGCUAAGAAAUUGAAGGUAGAUGUGAAAGAAUUGCCGAUUUGGAAGCCAAUAAGCUCUGGAAAUGGAGGUACGGCUAGUUUCACGGCAAGAAGAAGGCCCAAUGUAAAUAGUAAUAACACCAGCAAUGGAACCAAGGAAACGAAAGGUAUCCAAGCUACACAAGAUCCCCCAAAGUUAAAAAAUGGUAACCUAUCAAAAAGGUUUGGAAGAAGGAAUACACCAAAGCAAACACCUUAG